AUGGAUUUCAUCCGCAAGUUAUCCAUCGCUGUUGCUGUAACUGCGGCGGCUUUAACUGAGGCUCAUCCUUUGAACGAAUUUGGCUACCGUGAUUAUCCGGCUCAGUCCAAUGGCAAAAACGAAUCAUCUAGCUUGGUAUAUUCAUCAAGCCAACCACCCAUUCUACCCAUGUCCUUCAGCGACAACUCCACAUCUGGGUCCUCAACCAGCGUUCCAACUAGUUACACUCCACCGGCUAGUGGAUACAUCGGCCCGUUGACCACUACAGCUGCCGCAAGGAAGAACAUCUCCAUGUCACAAGUCCUCAAGCCUGCUUUGACCACAGGUGGACCCCUCACCAUUCCGGCUGUACCGUUAAACACCACCAAGUUGACAGUUACAGUGACUUACAAUCUCGGAAAUAGAACUCGGACCUCCAGUAUCACGCGAACUUCAACCAUUGGUCCAACUCCGACUCCUGACCCUGAAUACAUUAAUUUGUCAACAACUUGGACAAGUACUACGACUAUGACUGUGCCAAUGACAGAAGCCCGGGAAGCCCAGGAAGCCCAGGAAGCCCAGGAAGCCCAGGAAGCCCAGGAAGUCCAGGAAGCCCGGGAAGCCCAGGAAGCCCAGGAAGCCCAGGAAGCCCAGGAAGCCCAGGAAGCCCAGGAAGCCCAGGAAGCCCAGGAAGCCCAGGAAGCCCAGGAAGCCCAGGAAGCCCAGGAAGCCCAGGAAGCCCAGGAGGGCCCAGGUGGACUUUCAGUCUCCGGAUGCCCUCACACUAGUAUUUUAACGGUUACCCUGAAGGAAACCGUCUUUCUGUCCGUUAGUGCGCCUCCUAUGUCGGUGAUAGUCACGCGAAUUCCACAUAACAAUGAUACAUCGACCACUCGCCCAGGUGCUCCCUACCCUACCGGUCCACAGGCCCAACUUACUGGUGCUUCUGGGUACUUGAGAAGCGCGCGUCCGAUGCCCUCCAGAGGCUAUGGCUAUUGA